GUUCCGGGCGGGCAUCUUCUCGUUCGUCGCAAGCAGUGUACGGGUUCGCGGCCACUUACUGCACGGCGGCAGUCCUAUCGGAACCGUCGAGCAAGCUUGUGGCACGGUGCAAAGCGAGCACGCACGCAGCUCGCGUUCUACGACCAUCGGUGCGUUGGGCGAAUUUUCCCAGCAAAGCGUUGUGUGUCUGUUCGGGACCUGCGAUAGUGGGUCGUUGAUUGGUCGUGGUCAGGAUUUAGUGCGCGAGCAAUCUAUCUACCCGAAUCGCGGCACAGGAUUCUUUCGUCUUCCGGGACAGACCAGACAGCACAGGCCAGUAAAUCAUCGUACGGCGUGUGUCUUCUUCCAGUGUUCGGUGUUUGUGUGUGACCGCAAGGGGUAAUAGUGGAGCAUCAAUGAAUUUAAAAGUUAUCCAACAAUUUUGCUCUCUCUACAGCCAGUUGCUCCGGAUCGUCCCCGGUGGGAUAAAUGUGAUUAUUUAUCGUGCACAUAUGGAAGCUUAACACCAUCUUCUUUGUUUGUCUGGUGUCGCCAGAGCAUUUGAUAGUGGAACGGCAUCGGUCUGCUUGGUGCUAAGGCUAACAACUGAAUUUUUUUCACCAGUUCAAUGUGCUGUUGUUAUCCACCGUAAGAGCUGGAUGCUGUUUACAAUGCAGUAAAAGUGCAUCUCGUGUGUGUGUGUGUGAGUUCAUAUGCUGUCAGGCCACCUAGUGUACGAGCUCCCUGUCUGUUCAUAAUAAUAAAUCACGGUGUUUUUUUUUUUUUGUUUCUCGAAAACAAAGCAAAUGGGUGGAUAAAGUGUUAGAAGUUGUGUCGUUCAGUUUUACGACCGGGCAUUAAGCUAAGAUGCGUUUAAAUGAAAAUCAAUGAAAUCGAGAGCAGAAAAAAAGGUAAACUCGCCCUCACUAUACACUGUGUCCGAAGUUGAUCUAGUGCGGGGUUUUUUAAUGUGCGACCGGGGUCGUCUGGAACGGUCGUAAAAUUCUCACCAAUAAAUAUUUACUUCAGAGUGCGUGUAUCUCUUUGUGUUUGUGAUUGUUUGUGCCUGUUUGUGGAAGUGAAUCAAUCGGCAAAGCAAGCGAGAGAUCAAAUGUAAAGAAUAAAGUGUCGUUCGUAGACCGUCGUUCGUGCUUUUGAAGUCCUCCUCCUCGGCAAGGAUUGAUGGUGCACGUGUUUGAGUUUAAAUCUAAAUUUCCUCUACAGUCUUGUGGCAGACGACCGUUACUAGCAAAGAAAGCAAGUCUAAAAAGACUGGCUUUAGUGAGUGUGUGUGUGUUCGAAUCGAAAGUGGAUCAAAUAUAUUCGGAAACGGUUUGACGGGUUCGAUAUCCGGGUUGGAACGAGCCAAGCCUUCCGUGGAAACCUGGUGCGCGUACAUCAAAAACGGCGUGGACUCACGUAACGAAAGUCUAUAAAUUUCGGCUAAAACCGUACACGGCACGGCACUGCGGAUCGCAAAAAGCCAACCACUGCGCGGAUGGCGUCACGCGCACCACACCGUAGGACAAACAAGACGUGAAGACGACAGUUUAGCGAGUCGAAAGUUGUGAUAGAAUUUUUGUGCCAAAAUACUACAUGCUGCAGAGGCGCAUGCAUCAUCCUCCAGUGGCCAUUCGCACAAGGGCACGUUGCAACAACGGACUUUACGAGCAGAGAUGUAACAUACCCUCUCGAUUUAGAUUUUACGUGUGUGCGUGUGAGUGAGUGAGCGAACCUGUAAGAAUAAACCAGUAGCAAACAGACUGGGAGUAUUAAACCCACUAACGAUACACGCGUCAUGUCAUCGAAUUUGAUGCCGAGCAGCAGCAGCAGCAGCAGACACGCUUAUAGCAGCAGCACGUCAUAACUCAUCACAGUGAUUGAAUUUCAUUUUGAAUGACCCGGGUAAUACUCUACGCACCAUUAUGCAAAUGGGAUCGCGUGGCAAUGCAAUAGUGCGAACGAAUCAACAAAUGGUAACCGUCAGCCGGCGCUCGUAACGAUCCAGCGAACUGUGAACCUGCCGUACCGUAGUCGUAUUGCUCCCGCAUGCCGGCCAAUUUCGCAGCGCCACGAAUUUCGACCGGGACAUGGAGUUGACGAAGGGUACCAACAUCAUCAAGCUGCUGUCUACAGUCGGGGCGUCUGUGUCUGUGAUAUGGCAGCCGUGCACUUACUCCAAUAGUAUCGCGGUGUUCUACUGAGCCAAUCUUCACCAGCAGCCGCCUGUCAAAGUUUGACAGCUACAGUCGACAUCAGCACGAAUCGUAGUGAAACCCUGGCGGUCAACUCUUCAUCGCCUCAGCACGUUUGUCAUAUAAGAAUAACCAAGCGAAACAAAACGAAAAACAAUCGAAAACAACCCCAAACGCCAUUUUGAAGCUGUCAGAAGAAGGUGAAGAUGUAUCCGAACUAUCCGACGGCACCACUAGGUACAUUGGGUGGAACACAGUGCUUGUACCGUAGCUACCCGAACCUGCCCCAACAGUCGUCUGCGUCGCUGUCCUCGUCCUACCCGUUCGCCGGUCGCCCGAAUACCGGUGUUGCUGCGUUCCCCCAGCAAUCGAUGACACUUCCAUGACACUACAGCUACCGACAGCAGCAUCAACAGCAACAACCACCUCCACAGUCCCACACCUACACACAGCAGACGCAACAGUCCCUACCGAAACCACCCGGCACCGGUACCAGCCCGUACCAGUCGGCGAAGAAAAACAAUUGCUACUACUGCAACAACAACAUCAACCUUACCUGCACCUGUCUGUCCUCGAGUGCGUUGGGCUACUUCUACUCAACCUCGCAGACACUCCACUCGUCCGCCCCGUCGACGCUGAACCGUCGCCGUUCCUCGAUCCGUAAUCCGCCGAGUGUAUCGUUUGCCACUGGCAACACUGUGCCACCACAUCAACCAUUCUCCUACUCGUCGCUGCCUCGUUGCCGGGGCAACGCAUCCACACACCACUCCCGCACACCGUCAACCGUUGCCGUCGGUGUGCAGAUACCGUCGCCUCCAACACAACCCACCCAACCGGCUCCCACCGGACCUGCCCCAAGACCUUCCCAGCAGCACCAAGAAUCACAGGUGGAUGAAGCAAUGCUGGGUCUGGUGAGUGACGGCAAACCGCUCGGUGCCGACGAUCCGCUGCACGACGAUGACGAGGACGAUCUGGACAAUCCGAAUGCAGACUCGCCGGCACUUUCAGCCUCGCCACCGCCCGCUCCACCUCCACUGCCACCGCCCGUUCGCAACGGAUGUCAGCGGUGUCGGUUCUCGAUGGCUUCCGCCAACUCGACGCUGAAUCGAUCCCAUCCCCAUCUUGCCAGCGGAACAGGUACGCUUGGGUCCGGAUCGGUUGGUAGCGGCACACUGCCACGUGCCCAUCGCGGCACCACGAAUGGGGGAACGCUCGAGCGCAACCAUAUGGCUACCAGCUCGAGCCAUCUGCAUACGGCGGGAGGCGUGUCGGCAACGGCUGCAUCCGCCGGUACCGGGAACGGAACAUAUCCUGGAUACGAUCGAAAUCGGCUGCUAGAUGAGGAAGACUCGGCAUAUCCGGCCCUGCUGGAACGUGAGCUUCACUCGCUGCAUCGGAAUGUUCCCGCGCUACGCCGUGCCGGUGUCGAUACGACCGCAAUCCGACAGCACUUCUAUCCGGAUGGUGGCUGGGGCUGGAUCGUGUGCGGAGUCGCAUUUCUGGCCCACGUUCUGACCACCGGGUUCCAGCUGUCGUACGGGUUGCUGCUGCUGUACGCGAUACGCCAUCUGGGUCACGAGGUGAAUACCGAAGCAGGUUGGCUCGGUCCGGCCAGCUGGGCCAUGUCGCUGUUUUCGGCAACGAUCGUUGUGGCGCUGUGCCGUCGAAAGUCCACCCGGUUGACGGCAGUGCUCGGUGGGCUGGUCCUUGCGCUGGGCAUCCUGUUCACAUCGUUCGCCACCCAGCUGCAUCAGGUAGCGUUCAGCUAUGGCGUCAUCGUAGGCAUCGGGUCGGCCAUGGUACGAGAGUCGGCCGCCGUUAUGCUGGGCCAUUAUUUCAAACGGCGGAGACAAUUUGUCGAAAUGAUCACCAUGUCCGGUGAGGGUGUCGGUGUGGCGCUGUUUUCCGUCAUCCUUAAGGAGGGCGUCGGGAAAAUGGGCUGGCGCCUGGGGCUGCAAGCGGUCACAGGGCUCGUAUCGUUCAGCUUCUUCAUGGGAUUGCUGUACCGGCCGGCAUCACUCUAUCAUCCCCAGCGGCGUGCGAUACUACACUUGAAAAACCAAAGGAAAAAGGUGAAGGAAAAGAAAACUCACGUUCGCACCCCGAAGCCACCGUUCCUCGAUUUUACGCCCCUAAAAUCCUCCUCGGUGCGGAUGCUGUCCAUAUCGGCCUCGGUGGCCGCACUAGGCAUCUAUUCGCCGAUAUUUUUCCUGUCCCUGCACGGGUUUAGCGAAGGGUACGACAUGCAGGACUUGGUGCUGCUGCAAACCUUUCUCGGACUGUCGAUAGCGUUAGGUAUAGUGUUUAGUGGAUCAUCGAUCAACAAGACGCUGGAAAUCUCCUUCCGGAAGGUUCAGAUAUCGCGUCAAUAUGUUUGUCAGGGCUGUGUUACGUUAGUGUCAGUAUCGUUGUUAGUAUUAUCGGCCGUGGCCGACUACCGGGGCCUCUGCUUCUCCGCAUGGGCGUACGGGCUCGGUCUCGGCGGCUACCGUUACACCUUGAAGAUGCUAGCGAUCGAGCGAAUCCGCGGCAAGUACUUCUCCAAGGCGUGGGGUUUCAUCAAGGGUGCCGAAUCGCUGCCGGUGCUGUUCGGGGUGCCACUGUGCGCCUUCCUGAACGACUCUUCGCACCGGUACGGCCGGGCAGGCUACUACAUAUGUGCUGCCAGUGCCGCCAUCUCGGCAAUUAUUCUAUUCUUCGUGGGAUACCCGGACGGGCGUAACAUGAAGUAUUCAACCAAUGGUUCCAUCACAUCGCGCUGCACCGCACCAACCUCAUCGAGCGACUGUCAGCACAUCCUGGACCGUAGCUUUUCCUCGCAGCGCUACAACAACCCACAAUGGUACGGUACGAACACGCACGCGACCAACCUCUCGAACGGUUGUCACGGUUCCGGCACCUACCCCGGUGGGACGGGCCUGCAGCGCUGCCUGUCCACAAGUCAAUUCAUGAACGGUGGACUUAAUCUCUCCUCGGGUGGAAUUGGCCCUAAUGCGACAGCAACCGCGACAUCAGCCGGCCCAGGUGGACGUCUGCUCGGCAACAGUCAAUCUCUUGAUAAUCCGGGCGUCGGGCAGGCUGCUUCAACGACCGGGUUCAGCUACCACAGCCCGUUCUGUGGCCAGGGUGCGGGUCAACCGCACGGUCGACUGCACAAGAGCCUAUCGUUCGCGUUCCAGACACCGAUGUUCAGUGAUGAUCCGAUACAUCACACUUGCCAGCAGGCGUCGGGCUAUGCGGCCGAUUACCCACCACCGAGCAGGUGCUACUCCAGGUGUGAACUGCACAAUCCAUCCCAGACCGCACCGAUUACCGUCCAUCGGGACACACUCAACCGUCAGCACAGUUUUCGCGCCUCGAGCCGUGGUCAGACACCGCGGCACACGGUACACGCGACUGCCCGUGGACAGCAACCAUCAACACCGCACCAUCACCACCACCAAUCGUAUCACCAACCCCACCAACAAUCGCAACCGCAACAACAGCAGCAGCAGCACCAUCAACACCAUCACCCAUUGCCACCGUAUCCGGCGAACGGGUUACAAUAUCAUCCGUCACGCAGCCGAAGCGUCCCGGAAGGGUUGGGCGGAACGGGCCGCGUUGGGGCGGGAAUGCCGCCCGGAACCGGGGGCGACUGUCACUGGAAUCACUGCCACUGGACCACCGCGAACGGAGUCAACUUCUGCCGUCCGAAUCGGCCGAUUCAGGUGGUCGAGCAGAUAACGACCUCCGUUUGACUAAAGUUUAAAAUACUCAAGUUCUUCCUGUGCAUCUCGCUGCACCUACUGGAGGGACUGUUCUCGUAGAUGGUUUGCAUGCGUUGCGAAUUAGUUUUAAAUUGGAAGUGUAAGUGUUCUGACCGCGAACAUUGUUUUGCUUUUUGCAAUCAGUAAACAAUCGCAAAACAAAAAACCAUCCCUCAUCCAUAUUGCACAAAUAGUGUGCAUUCUCUGAUUGAUUCGAUGUUGUUUUUUAUCGACUUAAUCGAAGUAGAAGUCGACGAACCACAUUUCUUGCUAAUCGACUUUAUUUGAAUUUCAUUUGCCAGCCACGAAAAUCAUCAUCGCAUUAAACGGCAUUCAUUCCGGGCAUCGGCACGUGUUGAGAGACUGACAGCAAACUGCCAGCCAUGUCGGCAACACUACUGAAACUGAAACACGAGUGGAAUUAAUCCGCCUCCAACGCACGAACCGAUGCAACGGGGUGCUUAAAUUGCAAAUGUUUUGCUGCGAAUUCGAAUAAUAAAUUGUUUGUCUUACCCAGUUCGCCUCGCUUGGAUGAAUCGGGAUUUUGCGCUUUUUAUCAUAAAAUUAUCAUUGGGCCGCAUAAACGGCAAGGGGAUGGAUUAGAAUUUUAUGCAUUUUGCACACACACACGCAGAGGUGCAAAUGAAGCGAGUCGUGGCCAUAUUUCAACAUCGAGCACACUAAUUUGGCGAUUAGUUUGAACUGCCUGCACAAAGAGUGAUACAAACCCGCUUAGUGCGUGAUUAUUGCCAACCAACAAUAAAUUAUCUUUCCCGUACCCGGUCGUUUUUUGCGUCAAACACGAAGAGAGAGAGAGAGGGAACAAAGCUGUCGCAUGCCACGAAUGGUACGGAAAAUUCGCAUUCGAUAAGCAGAUUACCGUCGGACUAAGGGCGGAAUGCCUGCGCGCGGAAUGAGUGAAACCGUACAGAGUUGCGUUUAAAAGUGCAGCAUGAAUACUAAUAGGCACGUAUAGAAUCGAUAGCAAUUUCAGCAAACGGAAACAUAGUCAAAACGAACGGUUCCCACUACGAUUCGGUGUCCCACUAGCGCCCGAUUAGUGGACGCCGACACGAGUUUCGUGGCUCUCGAUAAUGUGCGAAAAUUAUAAACGUUGCGUUUUUAUGUGUAUAGCAUUUCUGUUGUUGGUUCGUUUAUGUUUUCUUCCCACUCUAGUGUAUUCGUUUUAAAGAGGUGUUUUUAUUUAUGUGUUUUUAUGUUUUUUGAUGUGAGUGAGAGUAGUGCAAUCAGGGGGAAAGAAAACCAUUAUAUUAACUCUGUUUUGUAAGCCGUUCUGUGUGUAAUGUUUGUUCGUGGUAAGCGAAAGCGUAGCAAAUAUAGGCUAAACUGAUGCUAGAGUUGUGACCGUAUGCAGGAGGAGCACGAUGAUGAUUGCGAGAAGAGUAUUUAAUAAAACAGUUGAUUUUGAAGCUAAAUGAAAGUAAA